UUUAGGGUUGUUAAUGGUGGUUCUGGUUGCAGUUUCGUGCGGUUCAAUGAACCAGUGAUGGAUCACAUGCUGCUGGGGUUGAAAGGCAGCAUGUGGAAGGCAGUAAGGUCAGUGAUGACCCCAACCUUCAGCUCUGGCAAGGUCAAGCAGACCUUGGCAUUGGUCAAGGUGUGUGCAAACAACCUGCUGACCUACUGCCACAAGCACGUUGACAUGGGGUCAUCAGUGUUUGAGAUGAAGGAAGUGUUCGGCAUGUUCACCAUGGACACCAUCGCUAGUAUUGCUUUUGGCGUCAACAGCGACUCCCUCAACAACACUAACAACGAGUUCUCUGCUGCCGCCGCUCGGUUUUUCACACCGCCGCCCCGGUGGAAGCGACCGAUUCUGUUCUUGCAGUUCCUCUGGCCGCAGAUCGCUAAGUACCUCUGCCUUAAUGUUAUCGACCGAACACCGAUUCACUUCUUCACAAAGGUGGUGUCGGACACCAUGAAGUACCGGCUAGAGAAUGACCUCCGGCGCAACGACUUUCUGCAGCUGCUGCUGGAUGCUCGUGUGCAGGAACACUCAAACGACCACACUAGUGCAGCCAGGAACGACGGCAACACCAAGAAGGUUAACAACCAAGUAUUGACAGACCUGGUGAUUACAGCACAGUGUGUGCUGUUCUACAUUGCUGGGUAUGACACAACGGCGACCACCCUGAGCUUUGUGUCAUACUGCCUGGCACUACACCCGGACGUGCAACAGAGGUGCAUGCAGGAGAUCGAGGGGGUCCUGGAGAAGCAUGGCGGUGACGUCAGCUACGAUGCCAUCAUGGAGAUGACCUACCUUGAUAUGGUGUUUGCUGAGACACUGAGGUUAUACCCCCCGGCGCCGCGUGUCGACCGCACCGUCACUAAAGACUACAUUCUUCCCGGCACCGACCUGACCUUGCACCGCGGCCAGAAGGUCACCAUACCCAUCUACAGCAUACACCGUGAUGGCGACCACUACCCGAACCCUGAACGGUUCGACCCUGAGCGCUUCUCACCAGAGAACAAGGCCCGGCGGCCGCACAGUGUCUACCUGCCAUUUGGAAGUGGUCCACGCAACUGUAUAGGAAUGAGGUUCGCAUUGAUGGAAGCCAAGGUGGCUAUUGUCUACCUCCUGCAAGAAUUUGCCUUCAUACCCAGUAAGAAGACACAGGUGCCACUCAUCAUUGAGCAACGCAGUGGGUUAUUGAAGGCCCAGGAUGGUGUUUGGGUCAGGCUGGCCAAGAGGACCUCAGAGUAGACACCUGCUACUAGCAGACACAGGUGUUACUAGAAGACACAGGUGCUACUAGUAGACACAGGUGUCACUGAUCAUUAAACACAUUGAGUUAUUGAAGGCCCAUGAUGGUGUUUGGGUCAGGCUGGCCAAGAGGACCUCAGAGUAGACACCUGCUACUAGUAGACACAGGUGUUACUAGAAGACACAGGUGCUACUAGUAGACACAGGUGUCACUGAUCAUUAAACACGUUGAGUUAUUGAAGGCCCAUGAUGGUGUGUGGCUCUUCCUCCUCUUCUCCUCCUCCCACCACCCCUCCUUCAGAGUGCAGCCACUGUACUUCCCAUCUCCAGAACUCAAUUCCUGCUAACCAUUGUUCAUGAAUUCCUUCAUAAACAUUACCUUGCUCUUUCCUAACACACACAAGCCUGUUAGAUGCCCAAGCCCAUAGCACUUAAACCACCUUUAUACCCCCUCCCUCCAAUUCUUCCUAUGAUGACCCCAAUGCAGUGGUGGACCUACAUUUUUGAAGAUUAAAAAUUUUAUUUCUUUGCAUAGUUUACAAUGUAUAAUUACAGUUUUGAUUUGCUAAGUACAAAGAAAGCCACUAUCAUGCCAGGGCAUUUUGGGCAGACUAAACCUAUUGCUUAACAGACUACUUAAUACUAGGCACAUAUAUCAUAGUUGGUUCGAAUUGAAUAUCAUUUUCUAUAUUUCAACGGAGGUUUACCUGGAGUAGUUAGUGGUUUAGCAGUAAUUGAAUUUAUAAUUGAGAUGACUUGAUUAACAGGUUACACCAUUAUAUUUUGGCACAUUUUACAUAAUUAGAUUGGAACCAUUUUAAUUUUGAAAUAAUCUUAAAAUAUUUAGGAAUUUUUGAGCUGUUGGUGGCGAUAUUAUAUAGUGUUUGUGUGGUUAAUUUUGGGAGAUGAGGUGAUUUCUAAGCAGAGCCUUGAAUUGGGUCGCUGAAGUUUGACCUGUCAUGGGGUCACCAUGGCAACCAGCAACAAUAGGCCUCCAUGAAACCUUAAUAACCUUUUAGUUUUCAUUUUAACUAUUAUCUUGUACUGAAUUACACUAUAUUAUUAAUAUAUUAUUUUUAAAAACCCCUUCUCAUACAGUAGGCCCCAAAUUUUUAAGCAAUGUGGACUAAAGUUGGUUCAGGGCCCCUCAGGGAUUAGGGGCCCCUCAGGGAUUAGGGGCCCUCAAACUUAAUCUUCAUUAGUUUCAUAGUAGGUCUGUCCCUGAACCCAUCUUCCCUCCUUUCAAAAUUUAUACCCCCUCCUGUUCAUCGUCUUCUGUUCUAUCGUGUCUAAACACACCACCUCAACAAAGCUGUAAAUCCUCUACAUAGAGUUCCCACCACAAACUUCACAGUUCAAGCUCUGUCUCCCUGAAAUAAAGCUUUAAACAGAGCUCUACACAACUUUAAACAAAAAUCAGAGCCAGAGUUUUGAAAGAUAUGAACUUUUUCAAGAGAAAGUUGUUAUAACUUAAGUACCAAUAAUGCUCUGAUUACCUAUAACACCUUAGUCUUACAUAUAACACUUUCGUCUUGCCUAUAACACCUUAGUCCUAUCUACGACACCUUAGUUUUACCUAUAACACCUUAGUAUUACCUAUAAUCCCUUAGAAUUGCUUAUAACACUUUAGUGUUGCCUAUAACUCUCGUCUUCAACCAUCGACCAAACUUGUUGUUGAAAUAAUGCAGAGAAUUAUAUUCUAUAAUUUUCAAGACAUUAUCUGUUAUUGUACAUAUGUAUGUCUAUAUGUAUAUACAUAC